AAAUAAAUCAACUAAAUACCCAAAAAGGUGAAAGAAUUAGAGACACCCCAAUGUACUUCAUAUAGUAAACAUUUAAAUAUGAUUAUCGCUUGGCACAAUUAUUCACUCGAGUACCCCUAUAUAUACCCAUUCCUUCCAUUUGUAGAUUCCAUAUUAUUCACGAUUCUCAUCAAAUCAUCUCCGAUACUCACAACCGAAAUAACUAACCCCUCCUCAACAAAAAACAACAAAACAUGUACACUCCAUCAUACUUAAAAUAUUCAAUAAUCUCAAUUAUAUCCGUAUUAUUCCUCCAAGGAACUCAUGGAGACGACGGAGGUUGGCAAGGUGGUCACGCCACGUUUUACGGCGGCGAAGAUGCUUCCGGCACCAUGGGCGGAGCUUGUGGCUAUGGAAAUUUGUAUGGCCAAGGUUACGGGACGAACACGGCGGCUUUAAGUACGGCUCUAUUCAACAACGGACUCACGUGUGGCGCGUGCUAUGAGAUGAAGUGUAACGAUGACCCGAGGUGGUGUCUCGGGUCAACCAUCACCGUCACAGCUACAAACUUUUGCCCACCUAACCCUGGCCUCUCCAACGAUAAUGGAGGUUGGUGCAAUCCUCCUCUUCAGCAUUUCGACCUCGCCGAGCCAGCUUUUCUUCAGAUCGCUCAGUAUCGUGCCGGCAUUGUUCCUGUCUCUUUCCGAAGAGUACCAUGUAUGAAGAAAGGAGGAAUAAGGUUUACGAUCAACGGACACUCAUACUUCAACCUCGUUCUGAUCUCCAACGUAGGAGGAGCAGGAGACGUACACGCCGUCUCAAUCAAAGGCUCAAAAACACAGUCGUGGCAAGCGAUGUCUAGAAACUGGGGACAAAACUGGCAGAGCAAUUCAUACAUGAACGACCAAAGCCUUUCCUUCCAGGUAACGACCAGCGAUGGUCGCACACUCGUUAGCAACGACGUGGCUCCUUCUAAUUGGCAGUUCGGACAAACCUACCAAGGUGGUCAGUUCUGAUCCAAACCAUCAUCCACAUCUCUCUGUUUUGGGUGCUGACGUGGCUGCAUAUUGCUGAGGUGGCUCGUAAGCACCCGCUUAAUUAGCUUAGCCUUUUUUUUCUCUUAUUUACGAAUUAUUGCUUCAAUGGUUGUAUUUUCAUUGUGCCUACAAAAAAGCAAGGUUUUUUUACAUGUUUAUUGGAUUUUUUUCUUCUCUUUAUAAGCCAAUAUCGACGCCCAAAAGAAUGAAAUUACACAUGAAUUGAUUUAAUAAUUUCGAAUUUUAUUUAAUCAACUACAAAGGUUUUUUUUUUUUUCCUUACACAAAGUGUUUAUAUACACGAUUAUA